AUGUUAGACUCAAUAGUUGUUCCGUCAAACUCAUUUGAUUCACCCGUUGAAUUUGAUGAAGAACCGGAUUCUGAUAGAGAUUAUAUCGAUUUUUCAGAAGAAGAACUGGGUUCUGAUUCUUAUAUAGAUCGUAUCGAUUCUUAUCAAAGAAAGACAGGUUUAACUAAAGCUGUUCAAACAGGCAUAGGUCAACUAAAUGGUAUACCCGUAGCUAUUGGCGUUAUGGAUUUUCAGUUUAUGGGGGGUAGUAUGGGGUCCGUAGUAGGCGAGAAAAUUACUCGUUUGAUCGAAUAUGCUGCUAAUCAAUCUCUACCUGUCAUUAUUGUGUGUGCUUCUGGAGGAGCACACAUGCAAGAAGGAAGUUUGAGCUUGAUGCAAAUGGCUAAAAUUUCUUCUGCUUUAUAUAAUUAUCAAUUAGAUAAAAAGUUAUUCUAUGUAGCAAUUCUUACAAAUCCUACAACCGAUGGAGUAACAGUCAGUUUUGCUAUGUUAGGAGAUAUCAUUAUUGUUGAACCUAAUGCAACCAUUGCAUUUGCGGGUAAAAGAGUAAUUGAACAAACAUUAAAUACGACAGUACCCGAGGGUUCACAAACAUCUGAGUAUUUAUUCGAAAAAGGUUUAUUCGACCUAAUAGUACCACGUAAUCUUUUAAAAGGUGUUCUGAGUGAGUUAUUUCAACUCCACGGUUUCUUUCCUUUGAAUCACAGUUCCAAAAAUUAAAGUAUAGCACUAAA